GAAACGGGAAAUUCGGAAAAUAUUAUAUAAACCACCCAUGUGAAAAAUGGCGGGAGUACAAAAUUUUCGGUUAAACAAUUUAAAUAUAAAUAUAAAAAAUGCCCUCAUCGUUGGAAUUAUUAUAGCUAAAAACAGUCCACGCAUAUUUGAAUCUAAAAAGAAAAGUGGAGAAUCUAGAGGCGUAACCUCAUUCACCAUACGGGAUUCCGAAAUAGAUACAAUCAAUGUUGAUGUUUGGGGUUCCGAUUAUUUCGUUACAACAUUUUAUGAGAGAUUUUUGGUUGGCGACGUUGUUGAAAUAUCAUCUCCAAAGAUUUGUAUUAAAAGUGGUGCUAACGAGAAUUACAGACCUCAUGUUACUUCUCCGUUUUAUUUAUCGCUGAAUGAAGGCUUCUCUGAUGUUUGCAUACACAGCGGCAACGAGUUUAGUCACUUCUUGCCGUUGCUGCAUAUACCCACGAAACCAUCUUCAGGCUAUCACGGUUUAGCGGAGAUCUUAAAACUUCCAGAGUCAACGUCUAAGGUCUACGUGGAUCUGUUGGUUGUUGUUAAAUCUGUAAAGCCCGUGAAGACUAUAAAGACUCGUACAGGAGUUGAUAUGACGGUUCGAAGCGUUGAAAUAAUGGACAACACGACACCGGCUACGCUUCUGUUGGAUUUGUUUGAUCUAGAUUCCAUACAAAGGGCAGAAGAGUGGCGUCCGCUAGAGAGCGUGCUAUUCGUAUCCGACGCACUGGUCUCGUGGCGGCGCGGCGCGCGCGUGCAGGCGGCCGCGCGCUCCGUGCUCACGCACCAGCCGCACGCCGCCGACGCCGAGGCGCUGCUGCUCUACGUCAGGAACCAGGCGCAUACCAGAGGCGGCGAGGCGGCGGCGUGGGCGGCGUGGAGCGGCGAGCGCGCGAGUGCGGCGUCCGUGGCGCAAGUGAAGGACCGCCUCGGCGCCGGCGCUCCCUUCUGUGCCUCGCUGCAUGCCCUGCUCACCCAUCUCGACUUGGAGGAACUGUUGGAAGCUGCAAAUGAGCAAAACGAAGAGAUAAGAGUACGCUUCUCAGACCAUACCGGAGAACUCAAUGCAAAAAUACCACUCAAUAUACUAGAAGACACUUUAGGACAUUCUACAGAAAAGCUGAAGGCGUUAUCAGCGGACGAGCGGUCUGCCCUGCGGUGGAAGGUGCUUCUAGAACAAUGCAGCGUGAGGCUGGCGGCGUCUCCGCCCCGACUCAUCGUGUUGGCUCUACGUCGCGCGUCCCCGGCCGACCCUAUACCUUUGUAUUGAUUUGCAUUUGUCAUUGUUAAUUUCCAUGUAUGUUCAUUAGAUUGACUU